UCUGCACGUCCGCCGCCACAGCGCAGGUCUCGAGUUAGUGGGAGGGAAGCUAGCACGCUGUGUUUGACGUGGAGUGGGACAUCAGUCGUCCUUUUAUCUUCCUUAAUUUCAAGUACCACCUUUACAAAGUUAACAAAGUAAAUAUUCUUCAUUAACGCAACCCAGAAACGAAGACACAACACUUCCGGUGUGACUUGUAACUAUUAUGGCUGGCAGCACCAUCAAGACUGUGCACGACAUUUUUCAAAGCAUGGAGUCCGGACCUGCAGCAGCUUCCAGCAGCGCCACUGCACAGGCCUGGCUACAGCAUCAUUCCCGUUCUCUGGGUCUGUUCAUUGAUGGGAAGUUUGUCCGUCCAGCUGACAGACAGAGUUGCUCCCUGACUGAUUCUAAAGGUGUUAACGUGUGCAGCACAGCGUGCGCUGUGGAGGAAGACGUUUCCCAGUGCGCCUCCUCUGCUGUUAAUAGCUACAAGGCGUGGAGCAGCCUGAGCUGCUACCAGAGAGCCAAAGUGCUGCUCAGGUUGGUGAGUGUCCUCGGGCAGCAUGGUCAGUGUGUGUCGGAGCUGUGUGAGCUGUGUGACGCCGCCUGCUCGCCCUCCGCCCUCGUCAGACUGCUGCAGUACUACAGCGGCUGGGCUCAGCUCAGAGACACGCUCAUCACUGACUGGACACCACUGGGUGUGGUGGCCGUGGUCGUCUCUGAUGACUGCUCUCUCUACUCCCUCAUGCUCAAAGUCCUGCCAGCACUGGCCAUGGGGAACUCUGUCAUUGUUGUCCCUGGUCGGAGCAGCGCCCCUCCAGCGCUCCUGUUGGCACAGCUUUUUACAGGAGCAGGACUUCCUGCCGGAGCUCUUAAUGUUUUAACAGGAAGUGACCUGUCGUUGGGCGCCAAAGUGGCCCAGAACUCCAGCAUCAGCUACGUCACCUACAGCGGCAACAAGCAGGACGGGGUGACGCUGUGUACGGCCACAGCAGGGAUGGGCGUUCCCGUUUCUAUCUCGCCCUACAUCGGCGCUAGCUGUCCCUUCAUCAUCUUUGAGUCAGCUGACAUUGACAGCGCAGUGGACGGAGUGAUGGAGGCGGUGUUCAAGAGGAAACGAGAGGUCCACUGGGUGCUGUGUGUGCAGGAGAGCGUGCUGGACAGUGUCGUGGCUCGUCUCAGGCUCCGUAUGGCCGGGAUGAAGUGUGUGUCCCUGCACAGUGAUGGGGCCAGGCUCCUGGUGGACGUUGCAGUACAGGACGCUCAGCAUCAGGGGGCGAUGUUAGUUCAGUCCUGCGCUGCCCCCCCCUCAGGUGCUCAGUACCCUCCCACAGUGCUCUGCAGGGCAGCCCCCUCCUCUCCAUUCGUGGUCAGCCCUCCUCCUGGACCGCUGCUGCCGCUCAUGACCUUCAGAAGCAACACAGAGGCAGUGACGCUCGGAAACCACAGCCCUCAUGGUCAGGCAGCCUCCAUCUGGACUGAAGACCUCACACUGGCUCUGGAGACAGCCAAGAGUCUGUCAGUUGGCUCUGUGUGGGUGAAUUCCCACUCUGUGUCCGACCCCUGUCUGCCUGUCUCUGGUCACAAAGACAGCGGCACCUGCACUGACGGAGGACAAGAGGGUCUGUACCAGUUCCUACGUCCGUCCUCGUCCUCUCCUCCUCUUCCUCGCUCCUCGCCCAUCUCUAUGGACUACUCAAAGUUUGGAACAGCAGCGUCUCCAGCAAUCAUUCCUGAAGACUGUGACGCUGCCAGUGCUCCGAAGUCCUACCUGCAGUUUGUUGCUGGUAAAGCAUGUAAAUCAGUGUCUGGCUGCAGUGUGGCGGUGCAGUCACCAGGGGGCGGCAGCGUGUUAGCCUACUGUCCAGAUGGAGGUCGGAAGGACGUCCGCAAUGCUGUGGAGGCUGCUGCCAAAGUCCAGCCUGGCUGGAUGAAAAAGACACCGUCUGCACGCGCUCAGUCGCUCCACUCUCUGGCUAAGGGCCUGGAGGCAAAGAGGCGGGACAUAGCCGCAUCAAUCAACACUCAGACUGGUCUCUCAAUGGACGAGGCUGAUCAGGAGGUGGAGCUCAGCAUCAACAGGCUCAGUGAUUGGGCGGCUUACUGUGACAAAGUCCAAGGAGGAACUCCACCUCUGCCACAGUCCGGCUCUGCUCUCUCCCUCCCUGAAGCCCUGGGAGUCGUGGGGGUCGUCCUCCCUGACAGGAAUCCCCUCCUCUCUAUGGUGACACUUCUUGGGGCAGCCAUCGCCAAUGGCAACGCCGUCGUCAUGGUCCCCAGUCAGAAGUAUCCACUUCCAGCCUUGGCUUUCAUUCAGGUGCUUCAGUCUUCAGACCUGCCAGCAGGAUUGGUAAAUGUCAUCACAGGAAGUAGAGACCAGCUGACAGCCGCUCUGGCCAAUCACAGCGUCAUCAGGGCCAUCUGGUACUGGGGCAGUGCUGAGGGCUGUCAGUACCUCCAGCACACCUGCAGCAGCCCUCUGAAGACCCUCCGUCUGACCUGUCAGAAGGAAGCUGGAGGGACGGACUGGACUCAGUGUCGUCCCUCACUCCUGGAGGAGAUGUGGAGGAACGCCGUCCAGUGGAAGAGUGUCUGGAUUCCCACUGCAUAAGCAGACAAAGAUGGAGGGUCAGGUAUCAGCUGUAGAGUAGAACUGUGACCUGAAGGAUCUGUGUUUAACAGGAAGGAUUAAGAAUGAAGCGUGACCAUGAAAUCAUAAGACGCCCCCCAGUAACUGACUGUUAGCUAAACCCCACAUGCCUCACUCAAGGCCAAGACACACCUGCGGUGAGUGACAAGUGUCAAAAAACACACCUCCUGUUUUCUACGUACAACCUCACACCAGGCGUGCCUAGACGUGGCGCCCCAUGGCACUUCACACCACUGUCCUGUCUCCAGCCUGCCGCCCCCAGAAUUGAAUGCAUUUCCCCACUUACGUGAAUGAUCAAUAAGGAACGCUCCUUUUGGUUUCACGAUUUAAUAUCAAGUCUUUUUGGAUCUACUGUAAGUUUAUAGUCUUAAGAAAUGUGGCGCCAAUCAGCCAACGUAGAAAAAUCGAAGAGAGUGAAGUUAACUGCGAUGUUAUAGACGAGGACAUGUUGAUAUGAUGGUGUGAGAUACAGCCGGACAUAUUUCAGUUAUAGUCCAAAAGCUUUUUAAGGGUUUCAUCGGCCCCGACGAGGAACAUGCAGCUUUGAAAUAAAGUGAAAGUGAAAUAUGUUUAGAAUCAGAUCAUGAACAAAGGUGCGUUCAGGGGCAGCAGGACAUGACGGCUUCGAGUCAAACAACUGGGGUUUAUGUAGCAGGUUAUGAGUCAGUGAGCCAAAUGAGAUAACGAGAUUAAAUAUAUUAACAGAUUUAAGAUUGAGGUCGAGGCAGGAGACACAUUACGAACUGCUUUGCCAAAUAUCUUCAGUCACUGUUCAGACAGUGCAUCUCAACAACACUUGUGAUGUGCUGUCUGCUGUUGGGUCGAUGCUACAGCACAGACUCUUCAUGAACACCUGAUGACUUUCUACCUCUGUCUUCUGCUGCUCUGCAUCUUCUCUCUGUCAGUCACCAACGUCUGCUUCGUUUAGUUCAAGUACCUCGACUCCGAGGUCAGUGUUUGUUUUAUACAGGCAGACUUGGACCAGAUAUUUGGAAGUGACAGCAAGUAUGUGAGACACAUGGUAGAAUAUAUACGGAAGCCCUGAGGGCGAGUGGAGAAAAAAAUUCUAGUGAACAAAAUAAUUUUCUGUUUUAAUGACUUAAAAACAGGUGAGAAAAGGUUUUGGCUGGAUAAAAUGAUAAAGACAAUCUUUGAAUCAGGUGGAAAAAUAUUAUUUGCCAGAUUAAAAAAAACUUUGCCAGGAUCAUUUUUCUAAAUUCCUUAAAGGGGAACUAAUGUUUUUUCAACCUGGGUCCUAUUUUCCGAUCUCCUUUUGUCUAAAUGAGUGAUAGGAUGUUCAAUAUGUGACAUGUCUCCAGUAUGAAGCUAGGGCUGACCUGCCUGCAGCCCGUGAGCGCGCGCUAUAUUAAAUAAUAGGGCACUCAGACAGUGUCAAACAACGUCAAAAUACGUCCACUAAAAGUGCAUUUUUUUCACACAGAUAGGCUCGGAUUGUUAGUAUAAUUAUCUGACAACAUAACGGAAAGGAGAAAUGAACGUCUGUGUUUACCUUUAGCUGGAUUCAGACAUGUUCCUCUGCCUGUUGCUGCUCCCUCUCUCUCCUCGUCCGCUCUUCAGUUUCAAUGAGCUCUGCGUCCGUGUACUCCGUGUUCAAAUAAAUACGGGCGCUCAUCAAAUUCAAAUGACUCGUCCAGAUCCAGUUGGUCAAAAACUUUUUUCCUUUUUUGUGAAACCUUGUGGGGAAAAAGGUUUUCCGGGAUCCUUUUUGUCAAAAUUCCCUUUUUUUUUUUGGUUGGGGAAAAAAUUGCCAGGUGCCAGGAUCAUUUCCCUAAAUCUUGUCAUUUCCUUGUUCUUUUUUUUUUUUUUGAAACCUGUGCAAAAAAAAUGCCUGGAGGGGAGAAACAGGUUUUCCAGAAACAUUUUUAUAAAUUCCAUAUUGCAAAAAUCCCAUAUCUAGUAUUCGUAUUGUCGGGGUAAUUUUUCUAAAUUCCUUAAUUUUUUUUUUCAUCUCUCAAUCAGGUGUAAAAUAAUUGUCUGAUGGGGGAGAAAAUGUUUUUCCAGGAUCAUUUUUCUGAAUUCCUUAAGUAGGAAAAAAAAAUCUUUUUAUGAUCUUUUGAAGUUCCUUCUUUUUUCAUCUGUAAAACUGGUGGAGAAAAAAGCUUUGACAGAAUUAUUUGUCUAAAUUCCUUAAUUUCUUCUUUUUUCUGUGAAACAGGUGGAAAAAAUAGUUUUGCCUGAAAUUUCAUAAUUCUUUUUUUUCCAUUUGUAAAACCAGGUGCAGGGAACACAAAGUUUUUCACAGGAUCAUUUUUUUUUUUUUAGAAAUUCUGUAAAAAAAAAAAAUUUAGUUUUUUUUUUUUUCCCAUCAGUUUUUUUCAUCUGUGAAGAAUUUUUGCCAGGUGGAGAAAAAAUGUUUUGCCAAGAUAAUCUUUCAGAGUUCCUUUGUUUUUACUGGUCAACUGGUGGGGAAUUUUUUUAAAUAUAUAUAUUUAUUUUUAUUUGUUUUUUUGAUCCUUACAAAAACAAAUUCACAUUUUUCACCUCUUUUCACAAAUUAAAAAAAAAGUAGAAAAAUGACGAGGACAAAACCAACUGUUUAACAGAUGGAAUAAAGAAUUAAGGAACUUUUAAAAAUGUCCUUCUAAAACCUUUAUUUUCACCUGUUCUUCAGUCAGAAACACAGCAGAGAAAACAAUUUAGAUCAGACUUAGAAAAUGAUCACCGUAGUUUCUUUGUCUCGCUCGUCUCUCAGAGCCUCUGUAAAUAGUUUGAAUCAAAUGUCUCAGUUGUAGUGAAAGUUUUCUACAACCCAUCCUGUUUCAGUCUACAGCUUCAAGCCUGAUCUGCCUUCAAGUUCUGUUGAUGACAGAGCAAACAUGUUCAACGUUGUGUCAUCGCAGUCUGAACACACAAAUACACUGUGCUGUGUAUCUUUAUUACUGUACAGUAACACUGUGCCUGUUCGCCACACAGGUUCAGUUGGUGCAAACAUUCCCAAUGAAAUGUCGUUUGUUUCCAUGUCCAAGUUCACAUUGUUAAUAAAAGUUUUUCCAGUCUGUGUGUGUGUGGAGAAAAACUAAAGCCAUAAUUAAAAGAAUAUAAUUAAAUGAA